AUGUCCUUUGAGGACAAAUUGCCCUUCUGGCUGGUCGAGGGCGGUUGCGUGGCGCUGGCUGAAAAUAUGAUGGCGGAUACGGAUUUUCUAGCAAAGGAAUUUUGCUCAGGCAUCGAAGGAAAAGCUGAAUACGUUGGGGUCCUCAGAUGCACAAAAACUGGGGUCCAAAAGCAUUAUUUGAGCAUCAAAGCGGAGUUGGAGAAGACUGAGCAAGCUUGCAAUGAUGUGAUUGGGGCUUACGAAGAGUUGAUUCGGAAGGCAGCUGAAGAUUGUGGAAACCCUGCGGAAGCUAUUCGCCUAGCAGCUCGUUCUUUUGUGUUUUACCUAUCCGAAUUGAUCUUGGAAACCCCGGCACCGGCUGUUGGGCUUUGUCAAUGGCAAUUGAGGCAAUUCAUGAAGCAGUUGGAGCAAGAUCCAACCCACUUUAUUGAAAAAGUC